AUGAUCACUGUUUUUGUCCCAGCGAUUGUAAUGGGGAGAGUUGCACGUCAAGCUGAGGCAGCUCGCGCUUUCUUUGUGUUCGGCUACUCGUUUGUUGACAGUGGCAAUAAUAACUACUUAGCCACCACUGCUCGUGCUGAUUAUCCACCUUAUGGCAUUGACUAUCCAACCCACACACCAACUGGCCGCUUCUCCGAUGGUCUAAACCUCCCUGAUGUUAUCAGUGAGUCCAUCGGUAUUGAAGCGCCGCUGCCUUACUUGAGCCCUGAGCUCACUGGCCAAAAACUACUAACAGGAGCCAACUUUGCUUCGGCUGGAGUUGGGAUUCUCAACGACACAGGACUUCAGUUUCUCAACAUACUAGGAAUCCAUAGACAGUUGGAGUUGUUUGGAGAGUACCAAGAAAGGCUAAGUGGGAUCGUUGGACAAGGCCCGGCAGAGGAGCUAGUGAGCAAAGCACUGGUCCUCAUGACGCUCGGUGGCAAUGACUUUGUUAAUAACUAUUUUUUGUCACCUUUCACUCCUAGAAGAAGCCAAUACACUAUCCCACACUACUGCAGAUAUCUCAUCAACGAGUAUAAGAGGAUCCUUUUGAGGCUGUAUGGCUUAGGAGCACGCAGGGUGAUCGUGACAGGGGUUGGACAAUUGGGCUGUGUUCCUGCUGAGUUAGCUUUGGAGGGCAGCCUGAGAGGAGAAUGUGUGGGGGAGCCCCAACAAGCGAAGGCAAUUUACAAUCCUCUGCUUGUCCAAUUGCUUCAAGACCUCAACACAAACGUCGGCUCUCAUAUUUUCAUUUCCUCUAAUGCAUUUGAUAUGAACAUGGACAUCAUCGACAACCCAAAAAGAUAUGGUUUUGAGACUUCAAAUGUAGCAUGCUGUGGGCAAGGACCUUACAAUGGACUCGGACUUUGUACAACUUUCUCUUUUCUCUGCGCAAACAGGAAUAGCCAUGUAUUUUGGGACGCUUUUCAUCCUAGUGAACGUGCAGUCAGGCUCAUUGUCAAGCAGAUGGUGACUGGCUCAACCAAAUAUAUGAACCCAUUAAAUCUAAGCACCAUUAUGGAACUGGAUAAAUAA